AUGUUACAGCAGCGUGCAUCCCAAAUUGCAUUUUGCAUCAUCUUUAGAGUAACAUCAGGAAAAGUCCUAUGUGAGUAUGUUCCGUGUUUUGCAUGUUUAUUUCCAGAUGUUGAAGGAGCAGUGACAGUAUCCGGGUCAGGAGGUACAGGGAUACCCAACCUUCAGGCUCUGACACUGAGAUGCAACUACACUGUGACACCAGGGGAUGUUGUUACUUCAUUCACAUGGAGGAGGGUGGAGGGCAACUCUCCAGUGAGCAUAGUCUCAGGUUCAGUGACUCCCCAGACAGCCAGAUUCCUGGACUCCUGGCAGAACAAGGGUGUGUUUGUUGGUGACUACACCUCCUCCCUGGACAUCCAGCUGCCUGCCAGUCACGUGACAUCCAGCUAUUCCGGGACAUACAGGUGUGAAGUGACUGGGCUGUCAGAUACUGGACAAGUGAAUGUCACUGCCUCUGUGUUGACUAUUCCAUCAAUAUCUGGCCUGCCUCCCACCUACACAGUGAUCGAGUCAUCCCGUCUCAGGAUAGACUGUAGUACCUACACCACACCCGGCAACCCUCCAACAACAAGGUACACCUGGAUCUAUGGUGGUUCUACUGUCAGUACUGGGGCUGUACUUGACAGAAGCAGCAUCAGUAGAAGUCAGGGAGGAAGCUACACCUGUGCUGCCAGCAACACUCGGGGGUUUGACUCGGCCUCAGUCAAUGUGGAUGUACAGUAUUCUCCUUUUAUACCUGGACUUCCAACAGUGCAGAAUGUCACAUAGUUCUCUAAUCUAAGGAUAGACUGUAGUAUCUACACCACACCAGGCAACCCUCCAACAACAAGCUACACCUGGACCUAUGGUGGUGCUACUGUCAGUACUGGGGCUGUACUUGAUAGAAGCAACACCAACAGGAGUCAGGGGGGAAGCUACACCUGUACUGCCAGUAACACGCUGACACCAAGUGGGGGAUCUCAACAAAAGGGAACGGCAGCAUUCCAGGUCAAUGUGAACGUUCAAUGUGAGUCACAAAAUUGCAUGUUAAUUUGUUACAGAUUUUAUAGGGUACCAA